AUGUAUUCUGAAGAUAGAGACUCGUAAUACUCAGGAAAUAAUAUAGAACAAUAUGAUGAAGAUUAAGAUUAAGGGGAUGGUUAAGAUGGUGACAUGGAAGGAUAAUAAUAUUAUGAUGAUGAAGAGUAAGAUAUGUAACAGCAAGAAGAGUAUUAAGAGUACCAGCCAGAGGAACAAUAGGAUGACUAAUAAAGCUUUAAAUAUCAACCGUUUGAUUAAAGAAAGUGGCAAUGGGCAGAACCGUUGAUAGAGGGAGUUCCUCCUUGUGCUAGAGGUGGUCAUUCAGCAACAUUGAGUGGAGCUUCUAUUAUAUUGUUUGGAGGACAUUAUUAUGCCAAUAAGGAUGAGGGAUAUAAAUAUUUGAAUGACACAUAUUAGAUGGAUGUGAAUGCAAAUAGAUGGUUUAAAGCCAAAGUUUAAGGUACUCCACCUGCUCCCAGAUAUGCUCAUUCUGCAGUUUUGGCAGGACAAAGAAUUAUUAUAUUUGGAGGAAAGGGAGAAAAAUGCGUCUUUAGAGACUUACAUGCUCUUGAUCCAUUAACAUUAACUUGGUAUUAAGGACCUGAAGGAUCUGGUUCUCCAAGUGCUAGAUUUGCUCAUUCUGCUACUUUGUAUGCCUCUACAAAAAUGAUAAUAUUUGGGGGUUGGAAUGGAAUUGAUUAUUUUAAUGAUCUUUAUGUCCUAGACUUAGAAGUAAUGGCUUGGUCUCAACCACCCUGUACAGGUCCUUCUCCCACUCCUCGUUAAGGACACACAGCCAUAUAGGUGGGAGCCAAUUUAAUCAUUUAAGGAGGUUUCUACUAUUAGGAAGAUAAAACUCUUAAGACAUUACCUAAGACAGCCAAUCCGAGACAUGGAUCCCAUCUAAGAGGCUGCUACUUGAAUGACAUCAGAAUUCUCGAUACUGAACACUUUGCAUGGAGUAGGCUAAGAGUAAGUGGAACUCCUCCUGCUCCUAGAUAUGGACACUCUGCUAAUGUCAGUGGUGCUGAUAUUGUGGUAUUUGGGGGAUGGUCCUUGAAUUCAGGAGCCAGAAGUGAAAAUAAUUUUGCUACUCCUCCAGACAUCGAUUACUUGAUUGUGUUGAACACUGAGAAAAUGUGUUGGGAGAAGGCCAAGUAUGAGGGGAAUGCUCCGAGAAAUAGAUAUGGUCAUACUGCAACUUCGAUUGGUCCACACAUAUUGAUAUUUGGAGGGUGGGAAUAUAACAGAGCUACUAAUCAAGUAGUUGUGCUAAGAGAUCUUAAUGUUGGACAAUAAUAGUAGGAGAAGAAAAAAUGA